AUGGCUGUCAGAAGUCCAACCAACUCAACCACUGUAUUUAUUCUCCUGGGCCUCUCUGAUAUUCCUGAGCUCCGUUGUGCCUCCUUGGUUGUCUUCCUGAGUAUAUAUCUGAUAACAAUAAUUGGCAACACAAUUGUCCUUACAGCUAUUAUUUCUAGCACCUGUCUUCAUACACCUAUGUACUUCUUCCUGGCCAACCUCUCAGUCCUAGAAAUGUGCUACACAACCAUAACUGUCCCUAACAUCCUGAACAACAUCAUAAGCCAAAAUAACAUCAUUUCUUUCUGGGCAUGUAUCUGCCAAGUGUAUCUCUUUACGCUGUGUGCUACUACUGAAUGUGUUCUAUUAGCUAUCAUGGCUUAUGAUCGCUAUGUUGCUAUUUGUAUCCCCUUACGAUAUACGAUUAUCAUAAACCAUGCCUUGUGUCUCCAGUUAACAGUGACAGCAUGGGCCAGCGGCAUUGUGAACUCCAUCAUCCAAUCUCUUCCCACUUCUCUUCUCCCGUACUGCGGACUAAACAAGAUUAAACGAUUGUACUGCGAGGUUCAGCCACUGUUACAGUUGUCUUGCAGUGACACCUACAUCAACAAGAUUUUGACAUCUGUUUCUGCUACAGUGUUUGGAGUUGGGUUCAUGACCUUUAUUUUGGUUACCUAUAUCUUCAUCAUUUCGGCCAUUCUCCGAAUCCCAUCUUUAUCUGGGAGGAGGAAGGCUUUCUCAACCUGUAGUUCUCACAUCACAGUGGUCACCAUGUAUUAUGGUGCCCUCAUCUUCAUGUACAUGAGGCCAAGGUCCAUUGGAUCACAGAGAAUGGACAGUGUUGUGUCUGCCAUCUACUGCAUGGUUAUCCCAGUGCUGAACCCGAUUAUUUAUAGCUUGAGGAACAAGGAGGUGAAACGGGCCAUAAAAAAAUUGCUGCCUUCAAACUACCCAGCAACACAUAGAAUUGAGAACAUAGCGGGCAUAGAUAAAGGUUAA